AAUAGGGCUUCCUUUGAGUUAGACAUUUUAUCUGUAUUUACUAUUGAAAAUGCUUAAAUAUACUUGUAACAUUUCAGUCUCUGACAAAGAAGCUGAUUUCUACCUGAUUCUAUCACAAUGGACUCUCUGGGUGCGAUUGAAGCAGAGUACAUAAAGAAUUUGCAAAAACAAGUCUGCUUACUGGAAUGUGAGACGUCAUAUCUUAGGGAGAGAGCAAAAAAGGCUACAAGCGUCCAACCCCAAGUUACCAGAGAAGCCGAAAAAAUACUACAAAAAAUAAAGGAACUAGAGACUGCAAUAAACACAGCCAAAAUAGAAACUGUACAGAAAGAAAACAGCACCAAGAUAGUGGAAGCUGAAAUCCAUGCAAUAUACAGACGACUUCAAAUCCUAUCGGACGCAAAUGCUAAAGAAAAGCUGGCCUUAAUAGAGGAUGCUACAAAGCUGAAGCAACUGGCUGACAUCUCCACUCAGAAUGUUUCGCACAAGGCAGAAGAACUGCUAAAAAUUCAGAGAAACAUACAGCUCACUGCAAAUUCAGUGAAGGAAAAAGAGCACGAGGCCCACCUUUUGGAAUCUCAGCUUCAGCUGCAGAUUCAGCAGCACCAAGCUACAGAACAAAAACUCACAGAAAGCAGAUCAGAAUGCCUACAGCUGCAGGCAUUACUUCAUCAACUAGAGGAGAAAUUGCUUAUCGGCUCCCAGUCCACCCAGCAGCGCAUUGCAAAAGAACUUAGUGAGGAGAGUGAAAAAUUAAGGCAAGUCCUCAAGGAAAAAGAGCUUUCAGCUGAUGAGGAGAAAUAUUUACGUGACAAGAUGUCAGAAGAUUGUGGGCAUCUGACAAGGGAAAAUGGCCUCUUACAAGCUCAAGUGCUGCAAGCAACUAGGCAGCUGAGCAGAGAGAAACAGCUGAGAGAGGACGAGAGCACCUCCCAUUUAAGAAGAGCGUCUGAGCUAGCAUCAGGGAGAGAGAGAGAACGGCAAUUAGAGGGGGAGCUUACCUACUUGAAGACACGACUACAGAACAAAAGACAGAGUGUUUCGAAGGUCCAGGAGCAGGUACUUCACCUCCAGCAAGAAAGGAAAUCUAUGGAUCAGAAUGGGCAGUUGCUUCAGUCGCAGCUAAUAGAUUUGGAAAAGAGACAUGGCAUAGUUCAACUGGAAAAUUCCAAGCUGCAAAGAGAAAAGACUCAUUUGGUAGAACACAUUGCUCACUUGCAUAAAGAGAUUGCUGAAAAGGAAAAGGAAUUCAGUUUUCUGCACAGCCAUGUUAACAGCUUGUCCUGUGACCUCAACAGUUUGCAAUCUCAAGUCGAUAUGGCAUCUAUUCUGCAGAAAGAAAAAUGGAAAGAAUUCUCCAAUAUAUUAACAGCAAACAGAGCAUCAAUGAGCUAACUUUGGGAAGCAAUCAUUCUUUUCUGCUGUUACUUUAACUCAUAUUUCUAGAAGAUUGCUCAAAUUGAAAAGUUGCAUGUUGUGCCACUGGAUAAAUUUUGUUUAGGCCAUAUUCUUACAAAGAUAAUAUUCAGAUAUGAAUAAAAAAAGACCUCAGUCACAGUCUAAAAAAAAGGAAAGUAGUCAUUAGCAUAUCCUCAGCUAAUCAAAGAAUGGCAUCAAGGUAUUUUUUAAAGCCCUUUGGGUUAUUCAGUGACCAACAUUAAACAAGUGGACAGGAAAUGUAAUGAAUUCAUUAGUCCUAAGUGAACAAAUGGAAUUUGCAUUGUAUCCUUAUUAAUAGUAAGAACUUCCAUUACCACUGUAAAAUUAGAAACCCCUUCAUCCAGAUUAUGAUUCCACACUGAAUUGCCUUAGACAAAGGGACAGCAAUUGAUAAAUUAAUGGCACCCUGCUCUAGAGGGAGGAAGCAAAAUGUUAGAUAUCCAAGUUGUCUUCACAUAAUAGUUCCUGGAAAACAUGUAAAAAGGGGUAAAGGGGAGUUGCAGCUCUUGGGACACUAUUCUGCAAAUUU